AUGUGUGGUGGUCCUGGGUCAUGUGUGGCGGUUGUGGGUCAUGUGUGGCGGUCGUGGGUCAUGUGUGGCGGUCCUGGGUCAUGUGUGGCGGUUGUGGGUCAUGUGUGGUGGUCCUGGGUCAUGUGUGGCGGUUGUGGGUCAUGUGUGGCGGUCGUGGGUCAUGUGUGGCGGUCCUGGGUCAUGUGUGGCGGUCGUGGGUCAUGUGUGGUGGUCCUGGUCAUGUGUGGCAGUCGUGGGUCAUGUGUGGUGGUCCUGGUCAUGUGUGGCAGUCGUGGGUCAUGUGUGGUGGUCCUGGGUCAUGUGUGGCGGUUGUGGGUCAUGUGUGGCGGUCGUGGGUCAUGUGUGGCGGUCCUGGGUCAUGUGUGGCGGUUGUGGGUCAUGUGUGGUGGUCCUGGGUCAUGUGUGGCGGUUGUGGGUCAUGUGUGGUGGUCCUGGUCAUGUGUGGUGGUCCUGGUCAUGUGUGGCGGUCCUGGUCAUGUGUGGCGGUCGUGGGUUGUGGGUCAUGUGUGGCGGUCGUGGGUCAUGUGUGGUGGUCCUGGGUCAUGUGUGGCGGUCGUGGGUCAUGUGUGGUGGUCCUGGGUCAUGUGUGGCGGUCGUGGGUCAUGUGUGGCGGUCCUGGUCAUGUGUGGCGGUCGUGGGUUGUGGGUCAUGUGUGGUGGUCCUGGUCAUGUGUGGCGGUUGUGGGUCAUGUGUGGUGGUCCUGGGUCAUGUGUGGCGGUUGUGGGUCAUGUGUGGCGGUCGUGGGUCAUGUGUGGCGGUCCUGGGUCAUGUGUGGCGGUUGUGGGUCAUGUGUGGUGGUCCUGGGUCAUGUGUGGCGGUUGUGGGUCAUGUGUGGCGGUCGUGGGUCAUGUGUGGCGGUCCUGGGUCAUGUGUGGCGGUCGUGGGUCAUGUGUGGUGGUCCUGGUCAUGUGUGGCAGUCGUGGGUCAUGUGUGGUGGUCCUGGUCAUGUGUGGUGGUCCUGGUCAUGUGUGGCGGUCCUGGUCAUGUGUGGCGGUCGUGGGUUGUGGGUCAUGUGUGGCGGUCGUGGGUCAUGUGUGGCGGUCCUGGUCAUGUGUGGCGGUCGUGGGUUGUGGGUCAUGUGUGGCGGUCCUGGGUUAUGUGUGGCGGUCGUGGGUCAUGUGUGGAGGUCGUGGGUCAUGUGUGGCGGUCCUGGGUCAUGUGUGGCGGUCGUGGGUCAUGUGUGGCGGUCCUGGGUUAUGUGUGGCGGUCGUGGGUCAUGUGUGGAGGUCGUGGGGUCAUGUGUGGCGGUCCUGGGUCAUGUGUGGCGGUCCUGGGUCAUGUGUGGCGGUCCUGGGUCAUGUGUGGCGGUCCUCGGUCAUGUGUGGCGGUUCUGGGUCAUGUGUGGUGGUCCUGGGUCAUGUGUGGCGGCUGUGGGUCAUGUGUGGCGGUCCUGGGUCAUGUGUGGCGGUUGUGGGUCAUGUGUGGCGGUCCUGGGUCAUGUGUGGUGGUCGUGGGUCACGUGUGGCGGUCCUGGGUCAUGUGUGGCGGUCCUGGGUCAUGUGUGGCGGUUCUGGGUCAUGUGUGGUGGUCCUGGGUCAUGUGUGGCGGUCGUGGGUCAUGUGUGGCGGUCGUGGGUCAUUUGUGGCGGUCGUGGGUCAUGUGUGGCGGUCCUGGAUCACGUGUGGCGGUCCUAGGUCAUGUGUGGCGGUCGUGGUCGUGGGGUUCCCAGGAGCGUGUGGGGGAUUAGAGGCAGUGGAGGGGGGCCGGAGGGGGGCAGCAGAGGGAUCCGCCCGGUACAGACCUGGGAUUAGAGCCUGGAGCUGGCACUGCUCAGGGCCGACAGGAUCCACGGAGCCCCAGCCAUAG